AUGCCUUGUGUACUCCUAAUCCAAGCUCUGCUCUCUACUGUCCUCUGGGGCCCAGUGAGAGCGACCACCAUCUUCAGCCUCCCUCCCCAUGAGCUGCUCACAGCAGAGUCGCUCGGUGGUGCGGCUGAAGCAGUGGAGGCGAAACAAACCUCCACUGUUCCCCCUGAUCAGGACCCAGAGACGAGUGAAACUGAUCCAGCCACAGAUGGUGGGAGUCGAGCAAGUUCCCAGAUUGUCAUAACAACUCCGGCAACCUCUUUCUUUAAUGGAGCGGAUGGAGAGGGAAAUAAGAACCUUCCAGAAUCAGCAGCUGCUACUACAGUUGGGUCUAAACAACGGAUGAUUUUAGAAGUGUCCACUUCUGCAAACCAGGGGCAGACCUCCCUCGGUGUAGGAGGUUCAGGGGCUGAAAAUCAUAGUCGUAUUUUUAUGCCCUUGGCUGAAGCGAACAGAAGUGUAGCAUUUGGUGAUCAUUUCGCUCCUGCCUUCUCAAAUGUAUCAAAGGAAAACAGCACCAACACCAAACGGCAGCCCUUCUGUAAAAUUCCACCAGCUGGAGGACAAAAGAAGCAACAAGAUGUGCCAAGCUUUGCAAGACCGAAAGGAGAACUGCGAUUUUUGGCAGACUUUGGAGAAGCGAUCACAGUCGAAAGGGGGGAUUCUAGAUCCAAGACUGAUAUUGGCAAAACAGUGUUCCUUGGCCAAACUGAAGAACGUACUGGGUCUCUUGCUUUCUUUUGUCCAAGAGGAGAGAAAGGGGAAGCAGGAGAACCUGGCCCACUAGGCUAUCAGGGACUGAAGGGAGACAAAGGGUCCCAGGGAGGAUCCGGUGCCAAAGGGGAUCCUGGACCAAAAGGAGAUCCUGGAGAAAAAGGGGGGAGAGGCAUAGCAGGUAGGAAGGGAGUAAAAGGAUCAUCUGGGCCACAAGGGGUUCAAGGGACUCCUGGGAUAAAAGGAGACCCAGGAAUACAAGGAAAACUAGGCGUUCCUGGCAAACAGGGCCCAACAGGACUUCCAGGCCGAAAAGGGGAAAAAGGGCAGAAGGGGGACUGUAGAGCUGUUGAACCCACAGCCUUUUCAGCUGCUCUUCAGAAAAGAAGAAGCUUCCCAUUGCCAGGAUCCCCAGUGAGAUUUGAAAAUAUUUUUCUGAAUGAAAAUGAAGCUUAUCAUGACAAAGGUGUAUUUACUGCCACUGCUGAAGGCACCUAUUUUUUCAGUUAUCACCUGAGUGUUUCCAGGAAACCACUGAGAGCUGCUCUUUUCCACAAUGGCCAGAGAAUUCUGCAGGUCUCUGGUGGGGGGCAGCCACCUCCACAGGGCAUAUCCCAGCAAAAAAAAAAGUGGAACAUGCACUUGCUUUGUGCCGUCUUCAUUAUAAUAAUGACUUCAGUUGAUCCUAAUGUAAAGGGCAAAAUUACCCCAUUGCCAAAGUUUACAAAAAUAAAAGCUGUUGAAACGGAAGCCACUGAGAAUCUGGAUGCCUCUGAUGAACCGCUCACUGAAGACAGCCUCCUUACUGAAGAAACUGAAAUGGGCGAUAUUAAAACGGAGUUGUCCACUCCAAACUAUGCCUUCAGGACUGCCACCACACUCUUCCCAUUUGAAAACUUCACUCUUGACUCAGCUGACUUCUUCUUUAACUGCUGUGAUUGCUGCCCCUCAAUUCCAGGGGAGAAAGGAGAAGCUGGGGAACCUGGAAUACCUGGUCUUAAAGGAGAGAGGGGAGAAAAAGGCCUCCCUGGUCCACCAGGUAUACCUGGACUACAAGGCUUAAGAGGAUUCAAAGGGGACAAAGGGGAUAAAGGAGAAAAUGGUGACCCAGGAGCAAAUGGAAGCCCAGGACAACCGGGCAAACCAGGAGAACAAGGUGAAAUGGGAUUUAAAGGAGACAAAGGAAACCAUGGGCUGCCUGGAGCCAAAGGUCAAAAGGGUGCUAAGGGGGAGAUGUGUGAGAAUGGCACCAAAGGAGAGAAAGGAGACAAAGGGGAUCUGGGGUUGCCAGGCAUUGAUGGAGAAAAUGGAGAGAAAGGAGAAAAGGGGGACCUUGGUGAAAAGGGCUACUAUGGAGAUCCUGGUGAAAAGGGAGAACGAGGAGAAAAAGGAGACAUGGGGCUCAAAGGAGAAAAGGGAAUCAAAGGAGAUGCUGGGAUGGAAGGUGGCCAGGGUGAGGACGGGCAAAAGGGAGAAAAAGGCGAGCCUGGUAUUAGAGGCGAGAAAGGUGAUCCAGGACUCAUUGGGAUAAUGGGGCCCCCAGGGGUGAAAGGAAGUGCUGGUCCCAAAGGUAUUAGGGGAGCUCCCGGGAAGAAAGGGGCUCGAGGCCCCAAAGGUUCGAGUGGCGAGACCCCAAGUUUGCCAAGAUCAGCUUUCAGUGUUGGUCUGUCCAAGCCUUUUCCACCUCCCAACAUCCCGAUUAAGUUUGACAAGAUCAUGUACAACGACCAAGGGGAUUAUAAUCCAUUGACGGGGAAAUUUAAUUGCACUGUUGCCGGGGCAUACAUCUUCUCUUACCAUAUGACAAUACGAGGGCGGCCAGCCCGAAUUAGCAUCGUAUGUCAAAACAAGAAGAUGGUCAGAAGCCGGGAGACUCUUUAUGGCCAAGAGAUAGACCAGGCAUCCUUUCUUACCAUUUUGAAGUUAAAUGCAGGGGAUCAAGUUUGGCUGGAGGUCACACGAGACUGGAAUGGGAUUUAUGUUAGUGCUGAAGAUGACAGUGUAUUUUCAGGCUUCCUAUUAUAUCCUGAUGAAAUGCUGGAUGUUUUAAUAUGAAUGUGGCAUGUGAAUCUGAAUUACUUGGAAAGAUUUCCUUUCACUCUUGUUUAUCAUAAAGAAACAUAUUUCAUAAACUAGAUCACAGACUGUGUGUUUAUACUUCUAAUAAACAUAUAUUAAUUCAUAGAAAGUGCCCUAAAAUAUGUGGCUUCUACUCAGAAAUGGCAUUUCUACCAGCACAUAAAAGGGAAGUCAUAGAAAUGCUGUUUGGCAAUAGACUGUAGGAUGUCUCUAGAAAUAUGUCAGGUUUUAGGUCUGUGGCCAGAAUUCAAGUAUUAUACUAUGGUAUCAAUUUAGUUUUAUAUUAAUGCAGGCACCAAUGAAGUCUGGAACUUCACCAUUCUUCACCUUUUUUUGGAGCUAGCACCAACAUGGGCUUGUAACUAGAAAACACUUAUAUUUAGUAGCUAAAACAUCCUGUGAUCAUUUUUACCAAAUACAUCCAUAAAUUUAGGAAAAGUCAAUUCAAGAUGAACUGCAAAUUGAACGGACUGGAAAUUUUAAUGUAGAAAUUAUAAAUUAUCACUAGUGUACUGAA